AAACUUUUCAUAUUAUGCUGCCAUGCGGACAUUUUCUAAAAUAGAAUAUUUAAUUGUGUGUGAUUUGUUGAGUUAGUUAUUAAUGUAAGCUGCUGAACAAUUAUGUUGAGUUCUACUAAUAACAACAUCGAUACUGAAAAGUGGCAAGAAAUUUUAUUGGAUGAAAUCCAAUCUAACCAUGAAAAUUGUUCAGACAAUGAAUUACCUCUUUCAUCAAUAGGAACAACUAAUAACAUUGAUGCCAAAAAAUGGCAAGAUGUUAUAGUGAAUAAUAUUCAUUCUAACCUGAAAAAUAACUCAAAAAAUAAGUUGCCUCUUUCACCAAUAUCCAUGAUUAAUGACCAUACAAGUGUAAAACAAGAUAUUAAUUUGUAUGAUAUUCAAUCGGACAUUGAAAAUUCCUCUGAUAAUGAGUUACCUCUUUCAUCAAUUGCAAAUGUAUUGCUUCCAAUUGAUACCUGUAAAGUCGAAAAAAGUAAAGUUGUAACAUCUGAGUCAAUUGGUUUCCAAUUCAAGAUUGACGUUGACCAUAAUACAUCUGACUCAAGUAAAAUAUCCAUCAAAGAACCAAGUAAAAUAGAUAAACCAAUUAAGAAGUAUGGGUGUGAUAUUUGUGGGAAAAUAUUCUUUAGACGUUUUGAGAUUAUUGAACAUUUUAGAACUAGUUUAUGCUUUCCGGAAAGUCCUUUUGAUCUUGAACACAACAGCCCUACUUAUUAUUUGUACAACAAUUCUGAAAAUUCAAUAGCAUAUUGCAACAAUAUAAGUAAUUUAAAAACUAAUCAUACACAAGAUAUGAACGAUAAAUGCAGAAUUUGUCAAGAUGUAAUUAGAAAUGACAAUUUUAUCAAAAAACAUCAAAUAUUGCAUACUAAAAAAAAUAACUUAUGUAAUGUAUGUUCAGUUUUAAAUAGUAUUGCAUGCGGAAAUAAUCAGCACCUUAAAGAAAAGUAUACAUGGAAAUGUAAAACAUGUGGGCAGUCAUUUACUAAAUUGUCUGUUUUAAAAACUCACAUAUGCAUUUUUCCAAAAAAUAAACUCUUCAACUGUAAUAAAUGUCAUAAAUCCUUUAAAAAAUUGAAUGCUCUGGAAAAACAUAAAGUUAUUCAUACACUUCAUUGCAACAUAUGUUAUAAGCAAUUCUUUAAACAGUCAUCUUUAAAAGAUCAUAAAAGAACACACGAUUUAAGAAGUAUCAACCAAUACAAUAUUCGUUUGAAGUUCUUAAAUUAUAGUGCAUUAAGGCAUACAAAAGAAGUCUGCACAUCAUCUAAAAAAUAUGAAUGUUCAAGAUGUUCAAGAGUAUUUUAUAAACGUUCAGAAAUAGUAUGUCAUAUUUUUGAAAAUCACCAAGAAGAUUAUUCCAAAUAUAGUUGUGACGAAUGUACAAAUAUAUGUGAUUCUUCGCGGGACUAUAUCUUACGUUUAGGAAAAAACCAUUUCAAAUGUGAUGUAUGUCCCCAAUCAUUCACUACAUCUCAUAGACUACAACAACAUUAUGGAUGGCAUCUUGGUAUCAAUAAUUUUAAAUGUGAAUUCUGUCCUAAGACAUUUUCAAAAUGUUCUCUUUAUUUAUCCCAUGAAAAAAAUCAUACUGGAGAAAGACCAUUUAGGUGUAAUUUUUGUGGGAAAUGGUUUCCAGAGUCAUCAAAUUUAAAUAUUCAUUUAAAACCUUACAAGCUAUUUGCAUGUGAUAUUUGUCAAAAACCUUAUACACAGAUGUCCUCAUUAUUACUUCAUAAAAGAUUACAUUCAAAAGAAAAAUUCCUUGAAAAUAAGAGCUGUCAUCAACUAUCAACCAUGGAAGUACGUACAAGACGACAAUGUAGUAGAAGAAAGCAGUUUAAAUGCAAUAUGUGUACCAAAUUAUUCUAUCAUUCAUGGUCAUUAAAUGCGCAUCUAAAAACACAUCAAAAUAACAAGAAUAGAUAUAAAUCAUCUACAUGUACUUGCUGUUUAAAAGUAUUUGAUAAUCUUUCUUCACUUAAAAGACAUUACAGGUACAUGCAGCAAAAAAAUAAUAAACUCUUUGACUGUGAUAUCUGUAAAAUUUCUUUUAUGUGUUCAACUAGUCUUAAUGAACAUAGAAAAAAUCACGCUCAGUUUGAAAAAAACACUCCUCUAAACUAUAAUGUCAACAAUGAUAUAAAUACAGUAAAUGAAGAAUAUAAAUGUGAUCUUUGUAUGAAAAGUUUUUUAAACCAAGCACAGAUAUUUUCUCAUAUUCUAGAAACUCAUUAUUAGGUUAAGUAUUAUGUAUAGGUACGUAUAUAUAUAAAUAAAUAUGCCUGUAAAAUAAACUAAACUUUGAUCAUGUAAUCAACUGUCAUAUUAAUAAAUUAGGAAUUAAUUAGCAUUGAAAUGUUUGAAAUUAGAAAAAAAUCCAUAGAAUAGAAUUAAAAUAUAAAAUAUUCCUUUAGCUUCAAUAUUAUGCAUCAUUAAAUUGUAAUUUGCUUUAUAAAAUAUCAAUGUAUUGUAAMUAAGUCUAUCAUAAACUGAUCAAGACAAUUUCACUUUUUACAUAAUAAUAAUAAUGUAUACUCAAAGGUUUAAGUUGCUUACCAACAUUAUUUUAUUAGUUUUAUUUAGGUAUUAGAUUUUACAUAAAAUAUACACCGGUAAAUACAAAUU